AUGGCCACUAGUACCUUACAUUGCCCGUCCCGACCCAAGGACGUGAACGAGCUUAUUCGCCGGCUGACGAGUACGAAGCGCGACGAAAAAGAGGCCAAAGCUCUCCAGUCCCUGGUCCGCAGUAUGAUCGAUUUGUUUCAAAACGAAAAGAAAUCUACAUGCCUGACCGAGGCCGCUCAGCUAGCUGCGAUAGUCGAUGACGUACGAUACAAAGUACUUAUUUCAUCCUUCUGCAACGCCAUCCUCGAGUAUACGUCAGACAAUAAUAUCCUGGAUCCAGCUCUCCUCCAAAGAUUCGCCCACGCUUUGCGUCGAAGGGGCGUCCUGUCGGCGGAUAAUGCGAGUUUGGGUGCAGCAUUGGAUAGCCUCCAUAUACGCCUUGAUCGGGCUGCCAAGGCUGCCGAGUCAGAAAAGCAGUACCAGCUGAUCUGCACGUUGGGAUUACAGGCUUCAAGCUACGCAUACGAGGCUUUGCAAGGCGUGCCUGAUAAUGAUGGCCCCUGGAAGGCAUUCUGUCGGGUCAGUUGGAAAGUGAUAACCGUGUUGGCGGCUGUGGCCGGGGGUAUCUCUGAGAUGAACCCGCAGAACAUCCUUGAAGCUGCCCCGAAUGUCAUGGAGUUGUUAAGUAUGUUCAAAAGACUCGUGAGAACUGGGAAGGAGGUAUUCGACGGGUCAGAGAGCUUGAAGGAUGCAUUUCUUGAUACGAUGAGAGGUCUGAAAAAGCCAAUGUUGUGGUACGGCACACUCCGCUAUUGUCGCCUACUCGUUGAGGCAGGAAUGUUUGAACUGCUGAGCAAGAUCAUACCGGAACUGCCUGCGUUUAAAGAAUCAUUUUGGACUGGUCUUUAUGCACAGCUUGAACAGACAUGGGUGGCUUCGAAUAAACUGAAAUUCGAGGUUGAAGACUUUGCGGAAUGGUUACAUGACCAGGAGUGCCUCAAAAUAGCCGUUGCCAAGUAUCCACAAAUCUCCGAGUGGAAAAGCCUACUCGCCAGCACCUUCAAGAAGCCCUGCUGGGAACAGUCUAUGCCUGAGAAACGUCGCCACCAUAGAGCAUGGGAGCAAUGUCUGGAAGCCAAGCAAUACUAUGCGGACUGUCGUCUAAUACAAUAUUAUAUCCAGGGCGAUCAUCUCAAGAUCCGGAGGCUCUCUGGUGAUGGUUUAGACCUAGACCACUGUUACAUAAAUCUCAGUGUAUUGGAACGCUCAUCAGAAAUAGGAAAGCAUCGUGAGGGUGUCGAACUUUCCCUUCGAACUCGACUCAAGGUUGAUACACCGACAGGAGGAAAAGCGACACAGCUGCGAGAUCUAUUCAACAGUCGUAAAAGACUAGACGGUAGCAGUGGUCGCCCUCGGAGGAUCCUCAUCCGUGGCCGCGCAGGGGUUGGAAAGACCACACUCUGCAAAAAGAUCGUCUAUGAUUUUCUACACGUGAAGAACAAAGAACAUGUGAAGGAGAUCCAGGGCUUAGUUGAAUCCUAUGCGGUCAUAGGGGGGCUGCUCCAAAUCCCUGUGCAGUUGGAUUCGCUGUGCUUCACAUGGGGAGAAGGGCUUUUAGGACGUGGUGCGAAGACUAUGACAGCUCUUUACCAGGCCAUCGAGAUCAAACUUUGGAGGAAGGACAUGGUGCAAUUGGGGAAGUCCGACAAAAUGGGCUUGUUGACUGAUAGCCGCGCCAGAAACUAUCGUCUGAGAUCCCAGAUCCAGGCUGUCAUGGAAGAUGAGGUCAAGCUGGUUGAGUUACUAGCUUUCAACGGUCUCUACAAUAACGUCAUUGAAUUCCAUCCCCGGCAUAGGGAUGCACUAUACCAGCGGUUUCCCAAAUUGAACGACAGCAUGCUCGAUGGGCUCUCCUUUCUCAGGAGCCCCGAGCUCUUUACUUCAAAAGUCAACCAGAUCCGUUAUUUCGUCCACCUCACCUUCCAGGAGUUUUUCGCAGCUACGUAUUUUGUUCGCUGUUGGGUCACGGGUGAGCCUCUGGAUCUCAUUGAAUUUGAAUCCGACGAUAACAUGCGAAAACGGCUUGACCCGCGCGGCCUUAUCCAGGUUGAAAAAUACAAUGGGCGCUAUAACAUCAUGUGGCGGUUUAUUGCAGGACUGCUUCAUAGUCUGCGCGAUGAACAGAGGCUGCUUGAGUUCUUCCACGAACUAGAACGACCACCACGUGAUGUAUUCGGACCUGCGCAUCUCAGACUCUUAAUGCAUUGCUUUAAUGAAGUUUCAUUUCAAACGGUUCAUUACGAGCUGGCGCAGAUGAAGUCCAACAUGGAGACCGAGCUUUCCCGGCUAUUCUCAAAUGCUUUCAUAACAAAUGAUGGCAGACCUUUCAUGUUGGCCACGGAACUGGAGUUUCCAGAGUAUAUCCUGGAGCAGUCGCUAAAAAGUGGUAACGAUCUAUGUCGAAUUCAUAUUUUCAGAGCUCUAGAAAAGCGCAUGAGAGUAUCUCGACAUCUGUUACUCAUUAUUGCGUCUGAUAUGGCGGGAAGGGAUUAUCCGUCGGAUUUGAGGAAAGAAGCAAUCUCUGCUCUAGCUCGCCAUCAUCACUCCAUUCCUGAAGUAAUCAUAGAACUUCUGAGUUAUCCGGAUCGAUCGGGGAGUAGCGAUCACGAGGUUCUCAAAAACAUCGGAGGGCAUCUCAUACGUUCCACUUUGUCCAAGGAGAUCUUCCAAAAACUUCUCUUCGACGAGCGAACAUACCUUAGAAAGGUUGCUGCAACAUCCCUGAUACAAAACAAGGAUUUUGUGAACGGAAGCUUUGAUUCAGCGAAGAUAUUGCUGCAGGAUGAGGACCCUGGCGUUAGACGUGAAGCUGUGGCCAACUUGCGAUACAGAAACAAUCUACCACAAGAGGUAAUCACAACCCUAAUCUCCAUUGCUGGAAACAGAAGUGAAGUCUCGUAUGUGAGAAGAUCGGCGUGUUAUGCUCUUGAAGAAUAA